AUGGAAGCGCUGUUAUCGCAGCCCAUUGCGACGACUGCCCUUGUGGCUACAGUCUUAUUCUCUUUCAUCUAUAAUGUAUAUCUCGUGAUAUAUCGUCUGUGGUUUUCGCCUCUAGCCAAAUUCCCAGGUCCUAAAUUUGCUGCGGCCUCCUUCUGGUAUGAAUUUUACUAUGACUACUGGCUGGAUGGCAAAUACCUAUUUGAAGUUGAGAAAAUGCAUAAAAAAUAUGGCCCUAUUGUUCGAGUGAAUCCGGAUGAGCUAUCUAUUCACGAUCCAGAGUUUUACAAUGAGAUAUAUGUCACAGAGAGCAAACGGCGAACUAACAGCUAUGAUGUAUUUUGCAAAGGCAUCGACUUUGACGCAGACCACGAUCUGCACAGAAAGAGGAGAAAGCCAAUGGAAGGUUUCUUUUCGCGGAAAGGAAUUACACAGUUACAGCCAAUGCUUGCUGAGGUUGCCCUACACCUCGAAUCUCGUUUCAGAGAGCUGGAAGGUAAAAAUGCAGUGAUUCGAUUGGACCAUGCCUUUUCUGCCUUUUCGGGUGAUAUUAUUGGAAGAAUCUGCCUUGGUACUGGCGAUAGAGGCUCUCACGGCGAUCGGUUUCUCGAUACUCCCGACUUUGCUUCUGAUUGGUAUAAUAUUAUUCACGCCAUUGUGAGAUCUAUCCCGCUGUUUACAGGAUUUCCUCAGAUUAUCCAAGUUUUGAGUCUCCUUCCGGAGAGUCUAUUGCUUUGGGUCUACCCAAAAGGGCAAAUGUUUAACAUAUUCCGACAAAGAGCAUUGCAGCAAAUACGGCUUGCAAACAGUGAGCAAUCCAAAGGCGAGGAUAGUGGAAUCUCUAUUUUCCGGCACAUUGCAAAUAGCGAUAUGCCGGAGGAAGAGAGAACCGAAGAACGACUGGCCAAGGAAGCCCAGGUCCUUCUUGGAGGCGGUACAGCGAGUACUGCUCGCACUAUUGGCUUUGCCUCCUUCUACAUUCUCUCUAGGCCUGAGUUGAGAAGCAAGCUUGAAGCUGAGCUGAAGGGACCGAUGGCCAACUGGCCCGAGCAAGUUCCAACCUGGGCAGAACUGGAGCAGCUGCCGCUCUUGCAAGGAAUCAUCAAGGAAUCCCUGAGACUCAGCUAUGGCGUCAUGCAUCGCUUGCCAAGAGUAUUUCCCGACCAGGCUAUUCAGUACAAAGAUUUUGUGAUACCUCCAGGGAUCCCCGUGGGCAUGUCUGCAUACUUGAUGCAUUCAGACCCUGAGGUAUAUCCAAAUCCGGGCGAGUUUAUACCCGAACGGUGGGUUCAUGAUGUGAAACCUGCCAUGCAUCGGUCGUAUGUGCCAUUUUGUCGUGGGUCAAGAAAUUGUCUGGGAAUGAAUCUGGCUAUGGCGGAGAUGAGUCUUGUUUUGGCAGUUCUCUAUCGCUCCAAUGGGCCAAAAUUAGAACUAUACGAGACGGACGAGAGUGAUGUGAAGCAAGCGCAUGACUUCUUGAUUCCCCUUCCAAAACUUAGCACCAAGGGUGUGCGUGCCUUGAUUCGUUAG